AUGUCCACUGAAAAGAUCGAACACACCAUGACCAACGAGUAUGCCAACAGCGGCAAUGGCUCGCCAUUGACUCGCCAGAUGACUGUUGCACUCACCCCUGAGCAAUACGAGAGAUUGUUCUUCCAGCCUGAGGGUCCUAGACGUGGUGAUCUGUCAAAGAGAUUUGCCAACCCAACACUCCUUGGUCUGCUCGGUUUCUUAAUCCCCUACACAUCCACCAUCUUCACCCUCUGCGGUCUGCGAGGUGCUGUAGCGCCAACCAGUCUCAUCGGUCUGAACGGUGACUAUUACUUCCUGGGUGCCAUUGCUAUGAAUCUUGCUGGCAUUGCAGAGUUCAUUCUCGGAAACACAUUCCCUAUGGCUGUCUUCAUCAUCUACGGCUGCCACUGGGGCAGUCUUGCCUACACUCAGGAUCCUAUCCACAACCAGCUCUCGGCCUUUGGCACCAACGGUGCCUUGGGAGCCGAAUGGAACUCAUCACAAGGAUUCCACAACGUCACCAUGGUUCUCGUUUCGUUCGUCUUCCUCGUCGCAACUUUCCGCGUCAACGCCUUCUUUGUCGCCACCUUCUUCGGGCUGGUCAUGAUGUUCUCUUUCAUCGCGGCCGCCGACUUUGCCGUUCCUCACAUCAAGACUGCUGCCGACCUCGAGCACGUCAGCACACUGUUGAAGAUUGGAGGUGGAUUCGGCUGGUUGGGUCUGAUCUCGGGAUGGUACCUCGCCAUCUUGACUGCUUGUGCAGCUGUUGGCAUUCCUUGCCCUCUUCCCGUCCUGGAUCUGUCCAGCAAGGUCUUCUCCAAGGACUCUCCCAAGGAGGGCCACAAGGAUGCUUAA